AUUUCGUCAUUUACUGGAAUCGAAACCCUUUCAGCAUUGUCGAGAUCCUCCUCUUGUGGGAUCCGUGUGCGCGCUGCUCCACGACGCCCUGUCACCCAGCAAUAAAGGCGACCUACGUAACACGGUGAUCCAGACGUGCCUGUCCCUGAACGCGGCCGAGGUGAUCCUGCGGACGCUGAAGGCCCUGUCGGCGGAGGGCCUGGCCGCCAUCGACCCCUGCAUCCACCCUGCCUAUCAGGUGCUCGCCAAACUCGCGUCUAAAGACCCAAAAUUAGCUGUAAAGGCGAGACUGGUAGGGGGGGUGAAGCUGACCCACCAACUUCUGCAAGCCCAUAUGAAGAAUUGCGUUCCUCUUCUCCCGUUGUUGAUGGUCACCAAGUACCUUGCGAAGAAUUCAACAAACCAGGUGAUGCUGGGGAAGGAUGGGUGCGUGGCGACCCUAGUGUCCAUCCUCAGCUCAGUGCCAAAGACCCACUGGGCAAAGAUCAAGUUCAUCAUGGAAACACUGGCUCUCCUUACAAAAGCUACGAAUGUGAGCCCCCGUCUUGCAGCCAUUGUACGGGCUAACGGCCAAAAACUCCAGGCCCUUCUUAAUUAUUUCUUUGAGAGCAAUGUGAUUCGGUUGGUGAGAGAGACGGGACUGCAGCGUGUUCUCUCCAUCUUGGACGCGUGGGAGAAGAUUGAGCGGCGACACCAGGUCAAGGUCAUUAAGGGAAUACUUGGUACUUUAUCGCACAUGUGUGAUUCCAAACAUGGUCGAAAAGCUGUGGUGGCACUUAAUGGUGUUGAAAUCACACAGCGUUUCAUACAGUCCUGUCCAGCAGACAAGAAGUUUGACAAUAACCUCGCAAAUGCCACCAAUGUUUUCCUGAAGUGUAUCAGCAAAGGAGAACUACCAGUGUCUUCCAGCUGGGGGGCAUUCACCUUCCAAGUGCCAAAUAGGGAGGGAUCCGAAACAAGCUCAGACAGGUCCCGCGAAGCAACUCCAGGCGUAGAUAUGGAUUCUUCAGAUGAAGAGGCAGAAGAGGAAAUUGAGGAUGAAGAGGAGGACUUUGAACUCUCUCAGGACUUCAAAGGAAUAGAUUUAGCCUCCGAUUAUUGCCCUCAGAAGCCGAGAAUGGAGGAACUGGUGAAAUUAGCACACUUGUUCCCUGAGCUUUUCAAUUUCCGCAUUGCCAGUGGUACAAGGUUUAAGGAAGUUGCAGUUCCAAUCAGAAAAGGUGCCCUUAAUGAUGUGAUCCCAGAGAGCCACAAUGAGCAUUACAUAAGAGCCUCUGACUGCACACGGAGCAUUAUUAACUUUGUCAAAGUGGCUUAUCCUGACAUGGUUGGUGCUCGUGGCCCCAAUCACUUAGAGGAGCUCUAUGAGAAGGACAGAAGAGUGUGCAGGAAUAAGGCGAUUGCAACCGUGGAGAGAGUGCUCCAUCCUGAGGUCUACAUGGAACGUGUUGUGUACGACUUGGAUUACCUCCUAGAGUCAGAACAUUCAAGGCGUCUCAUCACCCCAAGCAGUAAUACCAGCAGAUCUCUGGGUAAUUGGGAUGAGAAACGUGUUGGCAAACGUGACGUCUCAGUCCAGCACUUGAAUUUCGAAUCAAGAUUUGAGAGCGGCAACUUACGCAGAGUAAUUCAGGCAUCAAAUACUGAAUAUGAUUUGAUUCUUAAUGCUGAUGUUAACUCCUCGCAUCACCACCAGUGGUUCUAUUUUGAAGUCAGCAAUAUGGAGCCACAUACACCAUAUGUCUUCAACAUUAUAAAUAAUGAAAAGCCAAAUAGUGAAUUCAAUUAUGGAAUGAAGCCAGUCAUGUUUAGUGUGUGUGAAGCCUUGAAAGGCAGAGGUGCCUGGGUCCGUACAGGUACGGACAUCUGCUACCACAAAAACCACUACUCGCGGAUACCUAAAAGCCACGAUAAUGUGCGCUUCAAGAAGUCGGUCAACAAGUGCUAUUAUACAGCUACCUUCACCGUCACAUUUCCUCAUGCUUAUGAUGUGUGCUAUUUAGCUUAUCAUUAUCCAUACACUUAUACACAGUUGCAGGCUUACUUAAACAAACAAGAUUCCAUAGAAAGAGCAAGUGAUAUCUUCUACAGUAACCAGUCCUUGUGUCACACACUUAAUGGGAACCCAGUCCCCCUCUUGACUGUUACUACCAAAGAAAAUGUUAAGGAAAAGGAAGUGAUAUUCUUGACAGCACGUGUGCAUCCUGGAGAGAGCAACGCCUCCUGGGUCAUGGAGGGAAUACUUGACUUCCUGCUGACGGACACAGCUGCAUCUCGUCUUCUGUUGCAGAACUUCAUUUUCAAGAUUGUACCCAUGCUCAACCCAGAGGGCGUCAUCCAUGGAAACCAGAGAUGUGGGCUGACGGACGAGGACCUGAACCGGCGCUGGCGAUCUCCGAACCCCAGCCUCCACCCCAGCAUCUACAACGCGAAGUCCCUGUUGGAGUACCUGACGAGCAUCUCGAAGCAGAAGGUGCGAGUGUUCUGCGACCUGCACGGCCACUCGAGGCAGAAGAACGUGUUCAUGUACGGGUGUUCGCGCAUGCAGUCCUGGUGGCUGGGCGACAAGGAGUUUCUGGAUCACCCCGAUUUCAUGCUGCUGCCGAGAUUAGCGCAGAGCUGCAUGGCCACCUUCUCCCUGCGCGACUGCCACUUCCAAAUCGAGCGCGCGAGGGAGUCCACGGCGCGGGUUGCGGUGUGGAGGCAGUUCGAGAUACCCAUGUCCUAUACCAUGGAGGCGUCGACGUGUGGCUGUGACCAGGGGCCCUACAAGAACUAUCACCUAAGUCCAAAGCAGCUGCAGGAAUCGGGAGAGGGCUUCUGCGUCGCCUUGUCCUAUCUCAUCUCCACACCUGAAGUCCUGAAUUCACGACUCAGGCUCAAUUCAGACAGAUUGGAAUGUCACGUGAGAAUGGUUGCCGAGAGGAGCCUAGGGGACUUCACCCAAGAAGUGGCCUUUUGGAGCGGCGACCUCGACGAUGACCUUGAUACAGAUGAUGACCUGGACCUUGAUCUUUACGGUCCUGUUUAACUAGAUGAUUUGUGUUCGUGGAGAUUUCUGUAUUACUUGAUAUAAAGCUGCAGUAAGUUUCAGUUGUUCCUACAGUGCUCACUCUAUAGAACAUCUGUUUUGAUGUGUAGAGGCAGCAGAGUUGAAGCCUAGAUUUAUAAUCAUGACAAGACGUGUAUGUGCAAUACAGUGAUGGAAUACCUGUGAUAAUGUGCUAUAGUGCAGUGCCAAGUUCUCAAAAGUAAAAAAGUUCAUAUCUUAAAAGGAGAGAGAGCAGAAUAUUCACAGAUACACCAUAAUGCUGUGAUGAAAGUGUAUGAUUCAUAAUGUAAUAUUUUCUUAUGCCUCUCUUUGCUGUACUAUAUUUUAGAUCAGGAGAUAAAGAAUUGCAUAUAACUUGGAUCAUGGAAUGAAUUUAUAUCUUGGAAUGUAGAAUAAAGUGUGGAAUGUUUGUGUAUAUAUAUAUAUAUAUAUAUAUAUAUAUAUAUAUAU